UCCUCCUUUAUGCCGUUAAUGUUGUAAUUAUAUAUAACGACAAGCUCGUCGCAUGCUCUCUAAAUACUGAUUCGUCUCUCUCUCUUUCUGCCUGUGUGGACGCGAGAGAGGGAGAGAUAGAAUGGGAAGGAAAUGCUCGCACUGUGGAUUCAUGGGUCACAAUUCCAGAACUUGCGCGUCGAUCCGGAGGAGGGACGCGAGCUUCGGCGGCGGCGGGAGAGUCAAGCUGUUCGGGGUGCAACUGGAGGCCGCUUACCCUUGUGGCGUGGCGUCGCGUCUCCCACUGAAGAAGAGCCUGAGCAUGGACUGCCUGAUGCCGUCCGUGCGCGUCCUCACGUCGUCUUCGCCGCUGUCUUCCGCGACCAAUUCUUCUCUCUCUCUGCGCGCUGCCUGCGACGUCGGAGAUCGUCUUCUUCGAGAUGAGAGUCCCAACAAAGCGGCUAACAGCCCCAGUAAUGAUGGGUACGCCUCAGAUGGCUUUCUUGGGCGAGCCCAAGAGAGGAAAAAAGGCCUGCCGUGGACGGAGGAGGAGCAUCGGACGUUCCUGGUGGGGCUAGAGACGCUAGGGAAGGGGGAUUGGAGAGGCAUCUCCAAGAAGUUCGUCGGCACCAGGACGCCCACCCAGGUCGCUAGCCACGCUCAGAAGUAUUUCCUCCGCCAGAAGAGCCUCCUCCCCAGACGGAACAAGCGUCGUCCCAGCCUCUUCGAUGUGGGGAUGGAAAGAUGCAGGGCUCAUCAUCAUGGACAAAUCCCCAAGCCAAGUGAAUCUUUCACCCCAAUAUGUCUGUUCUCGCCCCAAUUUGGCUCAACCGGGCGAGAUAGCAGAGCAAGAAUGGUACUCCUAGCCUCUCCUCGUACAUGUUCGUUCCGUGAUCGCGAGAUCCCGAGUUCAAAUCUCGCUAACCAUGCUUCGUCUGUGAGCGGGCGUCAGGCUUCGAAUCCCAACUUGGAGCUGACACUCGCCUCCCCGAAUCAUCAGUUGGAUCAAGCCUCUUCGAUUAGGGUCACCUAAGUCACACGUUGAGUUGAUGAUGGACCGGUGUGAUCCCAUGUGUAAUUGUAUAAUUCGAUCUGCCUCGAGACAAGGAUGUAUGUGUUCGAGUUCCUCUAGAAUUGUGCUAGCAAGCGCUCAUGCACAAUGAUUGACCAUAACGUGUAGUUAUCUAGUUGUAAUUAAGCAAAGUUCUUCUGGCACUAAA